AUGAGUUUCUCCGCGUUGGAAAAAUUUAUAAGAACAUUAAAGAAAAGGUUUAAUCAUACCAAGGUAUUGUCCAAGGCUUUGCCACAACCUUUACCUGAAAAUGCAGACGUCGUUAUUAUCGGGGGCGGAGUUUUAGGAUGUAACACCCUAUAUCAUUUGGCCAAACGUGGGGUUCAAGCUAUUUUGUUGGAACAGGAUAAAAUAACUUCAGGUACGACGUGGCACACAGGUGGUCUUUUAUGGACUUUAAGACCGGACGAUAUUCAAAUACAACUUCAUCAAUCAACAAGAAAUCUCAUAAUAUCAUUAAAAGAAGAAACUGGAAUCGAUCCAGGUUGGAUAAAUAAUGGCGGACUUUAUGUGGCUCACUCUCAAGAAAGGUUGGAUGAGUAUAGGAGACUUGCUACUAUCGGAAGAAGUUUUCAAAUUGAUGCAAGGAUUGUUGAUCCCGCUGAAGCCCACGCAAUUUUUCCACUUUUGAAUCCCGAAGUUAUCGUUGGAGGUCUUUACAAUCCUAUGGACGGUUGCAUCGACCCUACAAGUUUUGUAAACGCCCUAAUACGAUCUGCGAAAAAAAACGGUGGAAAAAUAUUUGAAAAAUGUCCAGUAACUGGAAUAAAAGUUGGAAGAAAUCAAUAUGGAGUAAAACAAAUUGUCGGAAUUAAAACUCCUUAUGGAGAAAUCAACACGAAUGUUGUGGUUAAUUGCGCAGGGGUUUGGGGGAAUAAAAUAGCAGAAAUGGUGGGUCUCAGACUUCCUCUGACGUCUAUGAAACAUGCUUACGUGAUAUCAGAAUCCAUUCCAAAAGCUAAAAAUUUACCAAACGUUCGAGAUCAUGACGGUUCCGUUUAUUUUCGAGUUCAAGGAGAAUCAUUACUCAUGGGUGGAUACGAAAGGAAUCCGACGAUAUUAGAAGAAAUCCCGAAGGAUUUUUCAUUUCAAUUAUUUGAUUUCGACUGGACGCAUUUUCCACAUUUAGCAAAUGCGGUUAAUCUCGUACCCGAAUUCGAAACUGUCGGUAUAAAAGCAACCGUUUGCGGUCCGGAAAGUUUCACUCCGGAUCACCGACCACUUUUAGGUGAAGAUCCCAGGUUGAAAGGAUUAUUUCAUGGUUGCGCAUUUAAUUCAUUGGGAAUGAUGAUGGGUGGUGGAUGCGGUGAACAAUUAGCCUUGUGGAUAAUGAACGGUCGGCCAGAUUUACACAUGUACAGUUUUGACAUACGUAGAUUUACUCUCGAUCAAAUGAAAAGUCCAGACUGGGUCAAAGAAAGGAGUCACGAAAGUUAUGCGACCACUUAUAACAUAGUAUUUCCAAAUAGUCAGUUUUUAGCCGGUAGAAAUUUUCAAACGGAUCCUUUUCACGAAGAACUCCUAGAAGCGAAUUGUGUUUUUGAAGAAAUACAAGGUUGGGAAAGGCCCGGAUGGUUUGCUAAAACAGGUCCUAAUCCUGUACCCAAAUACGAUUGGGGUGGAUCCUACGGACACAUACGAAACGUCGAAUCCUCUUAUGAAAAAUUAUUAAAACAAGAUUACACGUUUGAUUUUCCCAUUCAUCAUAAUAUUAUAGGAGAUGAAUGUAGGGCCUGUCGAACUGGAGUCGUACUUUUCGAUCGUUCUUACUUGGGAAAAUUUUACCUGUCUGGACCCGAUGCACAAGCAGCUGCCGAUUGGCUUUUUACCGCGGAUACUCGUACACCUGUCGGGGAAAUAGUUUACACGUGUCUUUUAAACGGAAAAGGUAACGUGGAAGCAGAUGUUUUAGUUACCGCCGUUGAAACUGGAUCCAGCGGUUUGAUAGAUCCCAUAUUGAAAGGAAGAGGAUUUUAUAUAAUAGCCGGUGGAGCGGUUGCUUCACAAACUCAGGCUCACAUAAGGCACGUCAUUCAACAAAAAGGUUUCAAAGUUAACGUGGAUGACGUUACAACGAGCGUCGGAGUUUUAUCCGUUCAAGGACCUAAAAGUCGAGCCGUUCUUAAAGAUCUCGUCGAUUGCGAUCUCAGUGAAGAAUCAUUUCCGUUCAUGACAUCACGUUUGGCCAAAGUGGGAGGAGACGCAAAUUGUAGGAUAAUGAGAAUGACGUUCGUCGGUGAAUUAGGUUACGAAUUACAAAUCCCGUGGAACCUUUGUCAACACGUUUUUAAAAAAAUAUUAAAAAAAGGAAAAGAAUAUAAUUUAAGGCACGCCGGAUAUAGAGCAUUGUAUUCAUUGAGUUCGGAAAAAGGAUUAAGAUUAUGGCAUAGCGAUCUCAGAAAUGAUGAUAAUCCAUUAGAAGCCAGUUUAGAUUAUACGUGUAGAUUAGAGGGUGAUUAUUUAGGAAAAGAAGCCAUUGGAAGAGUUAAAUUUAACGGAGUUAGAAAAAAAUUAGCUUAUUUUCACAUUGACGAAAAAGUUCCAGUUUGGGGUUUGGAAACAAUAUGGCGGAAUAACGAAGUCGUUGGUUAUUUGAGAAGAGGAGAUUUCGGUUUCACUUUCGAUAAAUCGAUAGGAAUAGGGGUUAUAAAAAAAAAAAGGGAAAAUUUUUAUAAAUUUCAGGUACAUUUCUCAUCCGAGCGGACAAGAAGUAUCGGAAGAUUUUCUCAAAUCUGGAAAAUACGAAAUCGAAGUUAUGGGGAUUCGAUAUUCGGCUGA